AUGUUUGGAAAAAAAACCACAGCGACGUCGCCAACUGCGUCAGACAAUGAAGCCGGCAUCAAGAGCGAGACGAACAACUUCUACGACCCCAAUAUCGCGAGCAACACGGGCGUCGAAUACGAUGAAUUGAACGUCGUCUGCCCCGCGCACACCACCGAGAAGAAGUUGAUGACCAAGAUCGAUUUGAGAGUCAUCCCCUUCCUCUGCAUCCUCUACCUCCUAGCCUUCCUCGAUCGAGUCAACAUCGCAAAUGCGCGCUCCUUUGGCCUCAUAGCAGAGCUUAAAUUGCAGGGAAACCAGUACAACACCGCUUUAACGAUCUUCUUCGUCCCCUAUAUCCUCUUCGAAAUCCCAUCAAAUGUCCUCCUCAAGAAAUUCAGUCCGCGUAUCUGGCUUUCGGCAUGUAUGUUCAUGUUUGGUGUGGUUUCCAUCUGCCAGGGCCUAGUCCAAAAUUACGCAGGUCUGCUUGUAACUCGAUUCUUCCUUGGUGUAUUUGAAGCGGGAAUGUUCCCAGGAUGUUUCUACCUCAUCGGGAUGUGGUAUAAACGCUCUGAAGCCCAACGACGAUACAGUUUCUUCUUCUCCAGCACAACUUUGGCCGGUGCCUUUGGUGGAUUACUCGCCUCCGCCAUUGGCAAGAUGGACGGUCUCCAAGGCUACAAAGGCUGGCGAUGGAUCUUCAUCCUCGAAGGCGUACUCACCUCCGUAGUCGCCCUAGUAUUCUUCUUCUUCAUCCCCUCCUUCCCCGAAGACGCAAGCUGGCUCUCCCAGGACGAACGCGAAUACGUCAAAGCCCGCCUGCAAGCCGACCAAGGCCGCUCAGCCGCCGAGCGCAAAAUCACCAUCCGCGACGUCGGCCGCGUCUUCAAAGACUACAAAGUCAUCCUCGGCGGCUUCAUGUACUUCGGCAUGAUCGUGCCCGCCUACGGAUACGCCUACUUCGCGCCGGCCAUCAUCACCACCUACAAAUACUCGCCCAUCCAAACGCAACUGCACUCCGUCCCGCCCUGGGCCUGCGCCUUUGCCUUCGCCAUGAUCAUCGCCUUCUGCUCCGACUACACCCGCCACCGCUUUCUCUUCACCAUUUUCCCCAUCGCCAUCUCCAUGUCCGGCUUCUGCAUCCUGCUCGCGGUCCACAACAACACGCCCGUGCAGUACGCGGGGCUCUUCCUCGUCGCCAUGGGCGCCUACUCCGCGAUGCCGGUCAUCGUGUGCUGGUUCAAUAUGAAUCUCGGCGGUCACCAUCGGCGGUCUGUCGGGUCGGCGUGGCAGGUCGGGUUCGGGAAUAUCGGGGGCAUCAUCGCGACGUAUUCGUUCUUGGCGAAGGACGCGCCGAAAUAUACGAAGGGAUAUGCGAUCUGUCUCGGGUUCUUGUGUCUGGCCAUGGCGAGCUGUUGUGCGUAUGCGGCGGCGGUGUGGAGUGAGAAUCGGAAGAGGGAUAAGACGCCGGUGGAUGUUGGGUUGACGGAGUAUGAGAAGACGGAGUUGGGUGACAUGAAUCCGGAAUACAGAUAUCUCUUGUGA